CGCACACCGAAUGCGACAAAACCGUCUUUGUUGCCGAUCAACACAUGCUGAGCUACGGCGCAACCCACACCGAAUGGAACCAAAUGGAAUGGAACAAGACACGACAGAAAAACACGUUUCGUUGCUUAUAGCUGAACCGUUGGUUUUCAUAGUCAAAAUUGCGCAUUUUCUUUGUGCUUUGUGCUUAUUGUGCACGCGAAUUAUUAAAAUGAACAUUGAUGCGGASAAAUUGGUGUUUUUGAUUGAGGCAAGGAGCCCAAUAUAUAAUUAUAAAAAUAAAGAACAUUUAAAUAARUUAAUAACAGAAAAACUAUGGGACGAAAUAGCWACAGAAAUGAAUAGUGACGUAGCAACAUGCAAAAAUAAAUGGACAAAUUUACGGAACUCAUAUUCGAGGUAUUUGAGGGAAGAAAAAAACAAACCAUCUGGAUCGAGUGGUAAGCAGAAGCGGAAGUGGUACUUGGCUGAUGCAAUGUGUUUUUUAAAAGAUUUUGUACAUCAGCAUCGUGAAAUGAGCAGUAAUUUACCUAUAAAUAGCCCUGAUGUCGAAGAACAAACUACCGACAUGUCGCAAACUGCUUUUACCGAUGCAGUAAAUACUGACGAAAGCAGUCCAACACCUGCGAAAAAGAGUAAAACAUCUAUAUCUGAGAYGAUAGCUGGACCAAUGAUUGAGUUCCUAAACUCCAAAACGAAGCAGAAAAAAGAAAAUGGAAAUGAAUUAUUUUUUAAAAGCUUGUUGUCUGAUUUUGAAAAACUCUCCAGCAAAAGGCAAAGACUAUUCAGAAUGCAUAUGAUAAAUAAAAUGAAUCAAUUUCAAGAAGRAGAGGAAAAUGAAUAUUUAAGUACUUCAACGUCAUGGGAUGAUAUAAUAUAGUAUAUGAAUACAAAUAAUUAUUUGUGUAAUUAAUAAUUUAUAUUUU